GUGGAGCUGUGCUGCAAGUAAUUUAAUUUUUAGUGAUCGGCAGAAAUGGCGUUCGUUGGUAAGGACGCUCCGCCUCUGUGGCAAAAUGGACCGGUUCCUGGGGCAUUUUAUCACUUUCCAGGGAACGAAUAUGGCACCGGUGGAUUCCAGAAAUCACAAUCCCCCAUAACGACCGGCACAUCUGUCAUUGGUAUACAAUUCAAAGACGGCGUCGUAAUUGCGGCGGAUGUCCUGGGAUCGUACGGAUCGCUCGCUCGUUACAGAAAUCUGGAGCGUCUUAUGAAAGUUAACGAAAACGUCAUUCUAGGCGCGUCCGGUGAUUAUGCCGAUUUUCAGUGCAUCAAGAGUUACGUAGAAAGAAAGAUUCUGGAGGAACAGUGCUUGGACGAUGGAUUUAGUUUGAAGCCGAAAGCGCUUCAUUGCUGGCUAACACGCGUCUUGUACAACAGACGAUCGAACUUCGAUCCGUUUUGGAACAAUUUUGUGAUUGCUGGUUUGGAAAAUGGGAAACCAUUUUUGGGGACUGUGGAUAAGCUUGGAACAGCUUACAACGAUCCCGUUAUUGCGACUGGAUAUGGCGCUUACAUGGCGACGCCUAUACUGAGAAAAGCUUACGAAGAGAAUAACGAAAUGAGUAAGGAAGAGGCCAUCCAGCUUCUAUACAAAGUGAUGCAAGUUCUCUUCUACAGAGACGCGCGAUCUUUCCCAAAGUACCAUCUUGGCAUUGUUACGAAGGAAAAAGGUAUCGAAAUACAAGGACCGCUAACCUUAGACAGUUAUUGGGGACCUGCAAUCCUGUAAAACUGUAAUAUUUUCGUAUUCUUUUAAAAUAAGUUAUAAUAAAAGAGUUUACGGUGAAAAAAAA